AUGGUGAAGACGGCGGCGAGCAGCAAUGACGCCGCGGCGAGGCACGGCGGCGGUGCCAAGCAGAGGACGUACAAGGGCGUGCGGAUGCGGAGCUGGGGCUCGUGGGUGUCGGAGGUGCGGGCGCCGGGCCAGAAGACGCGGAUAUGGCUCGGAUCCCACUCCACCGCCGACGCCGCGGCGCGCGCCUACGACGCCGCGCUGCUCUGCCUCAAGGGCUCGGCGGCCGCGGCCGACCUCAACUUCCCGCUCCGCCUCCCGUUCGACCUGCCACCCGCCGGCGCCAUGUCGCCCAAGGCCAUCCAGCGCGUCGCCGCCGCCGCCGCCGCGGCCAGCAGCGCCUCCUCCUGCGCCACGCCAUUCGCGCCCUGCGCUGACAAUAACAAUGGCAGCGCCUGUACCGACGGCGGCGCCACAGCGGCGUGGAGCAGCAGCUCGCCCGCCAGCGACGACGUCUCAUCCCCGGAGUCGACCGUCAGCAGCGAGGGCGAGCUGGCCCACUACGGCGACGGCGACGGCGACGGCGACGUGGUGGACUACAGCUCGCUCGCGGACAUCGACGCCUUCUUCCAGUCGCCCAAGUGCAUGGACUACGCCCUCAUGGACCCCAGCAGCGCCUUCUUCGCGCCGCCGGCGUCGAUGGCGACCGACGACGACGCCUGCUGGGAGGACGAUGGCGGCAUUGCGCUCUGGAACUUCUCCAGUCUCGACUGCUGA